UCAUGUAGUUAGUGUGUUCUCCAUUCCAUUCCACUCCACAUAUAUACAUAUACAUACAUAUAUAUAUAAGAUUUGAAUCAUCAAUAAUUGAUCAGAUGGGUCGCCCUACAGGCGAGCUGAUGACGAAAGGGCGACUCCAUCUCCAAAUCCAUCCAACAAUUACGACCACUUUCUCUUCCUCCUCUUCCUUCUACUCCGGUUCGGGUUUUGCAGGUUCAAGAUCGCUGAAAACCCUACUAGUAUUCCCGAGCAUAAGUCGUCUUGUUCGCCCCGCCAAAUCGCUUCUCCUGAAGCUACUGGUAAGUAUGAGAGACGACACUGCGCAUUACUUCCCCAAAUUGCAACUCAUCUUCCGGAAGCUGAGGUUAAGGAUGAUCAUAAUGAAGACGAUGAAAAUUAUCAGCCAUACCAAGCAGAAGAAGGAGAAGAAGAACAACCCCAAGAAAGUCGCCUUUUUUGGAUCUUUCAGGCUGCACUACAACUGGUGCAACUCAUCCAAUUCUCAUGUCAUGCCUCUUGGACUUGCUGAGGACAAUGUUGUGAAGAUCGACGACAACCAUGGUGAUGAAGAUGAUGAGCUGGCACUGUCACUGUCAAGGUACCUGGAAUGGCUGGAGGAGAAUAAGAAUAACAACAAGAACAAGGAUGAUGAUGAAGUAGAUGAUGAGACUGAGUGCUGUAAUGAUCAUGAGAUUGAUAAGCUUGCAGAUUUGUUCAUUGCCAAUUGCCAUGAGAAGUUUAGGUUGGAGAAACAAGAGUCUUACAGGAGGUUUCUAGAGUCGUCCGUCGAUCAUCUAAUUAAUUAACUGUAUCACUCACAUUCACAUAUGAUCGAUCAUUAAUUAAUUAAUUAAUUAA